AUGACAGCUCCAGAGGCCACUCAGGCUCCAACUGCUAGUACUCCUGCUCCAUUGACUACAGAUCAAUGUGUUCAGGAAUAUGAGAAGAUUCUGAGAAUAAGUGAUGAAGUUUUUGCUGGAACCCAUCCAAGGUUGAAAGUUCCUCAGCAGUUUGUGCGCAAAGUCCCCCCUCGAAGUUCUCAGAAAGCGUCCAUCGCACCAGCUCAGGUAGCCACAUCUGGACCCUCGGGAGCUGUUUCAGAGAAAAAAUCGCAGCACGAAUCGGUGGCUACAGGCCCUGCGCCUUCGCAGGCUGCGUAUUCGGCCAAUGGCGCUGCUGUUGAAACCCCAACGACGGCCCCGACUUCUACUGCGCAUAUCGUUCCAAAGCCUACGUCAGAGAUUGACCCUAUUUUCUUGACAAAGUCGGAUGAUCUGGUGAGGGCAGAGUUGCAAUUACAACGACAGAGAGUGGAAAGAGUGUUGCGUGAACAGCUGGAACAGAAGAGGCUCGAGUCUCGAUACAAAGCUUCUCUUAUGGAUUCGAAGCCCGAUUUUGACGUCUCUGAUGUUUUGAAUAGGGCUCUUGAGAUUGUCAAACCCAUUGGCCCAGAUGACGUACACAAGCCCAAUGGAACUGCCCUACCUAGUGAUUCUCUUGACGGGAAUUCUUUCUACUCUAGUAGAGCUCCUGACUCUCCGCAGCAUCGCGAGCCGCAGAAGCCGUCUCCAGAGUCGGAGCGGCAUGCUCUUCCUUCAACCUCAGACGAAGUUGCCACUGACGUUCCAGUAGACCAGUACUCAGAUGAGUUGCGGCGUCUUGAAGCCCUUAACCCGAGUGGAUCGGACCAAGAGAUGCGGGACACUUUCUCCGUUGCUGACCAGCAUUUACCCCAUCAGAGACAGGCACAUGCUGGACAGGUCGACUCUUUCACAGAGCGGCCUCGUGCUGUCCAGCAACACGCGGAAGUUCUUGAAGAAUCUGAAUAUUCCCCGCCGGCCCCAGAUGUACCUCCAAUGGCGAAAGGAGAUAGCCGUGAGUAUCAUAAGGGACUGCCCAACAACGCAAGGCAGCGUGCACCUGGUCGAGGCCAUCGUACUCGCAGAUCGUUGUCGCCUGCGAGUGACGUGAGAAUUGUUCGGAACCAUAUAACAUCUCCUGCAGCUCCGCAGCCGUCUAGAGUAUCCCCAUUGGCCAUAUCUACGGGUCCGUCCUCACAGCAGCCCAGAUAUUCACGGCCGGAGUACACACGCCGGGAACCAGCUUCAGGCCGUGCCAGUCCCGAUAUUCCGGCUCAGCAGUUGAUGCCCAGGAAACGUAGACGUGUGCAUGAUGAGAGAGAUCACCCAGUCUUUUACAGAAGGCCAGCGGUUGACUCUUCUGGAACUUACAUUAAGGAAGAACCAGUGUCGCCGCCGCCGUUUGCCGAUACCCCUCCUGCCCCCAGAACCAGACCUGCCCCCGAGCGGCCGAUUUACAUUGACAUCGCGUCUCCACGAUAUACUCCUGUGGCGGAUAGAAGGGAAGCACCGGUGAGGGAGCCAGUAUAUGAAUAUGAUCCUUAUACACGUGCCCCAGAGAAUGAAAUUCACGUCGAACCUGCUAUCCCACGUGCAGUUUCCAGGGUUAGUACUAGAAGGCCUAUGCGCGAUGAUCAAGAUCUCCGAAGAGUCGCCAGUUUGAAUCAAUUAAGGCAGCCGGAGCUGUCUCGCGACUACGUUGACUAUCCUGCUCCGGGUUCUAUGCGCGCCUCGUCUUAUGCCGUGGUUGAACGUCCGGCGCCGGAGAGGGCCAGAUAUUACGAGGAACCAGCUCCAGUCUAUACCCGACGUUACAUUCCUGUGGAUGAGCCGUCGUUGCCCCCAAGAUACCGUGAGACGUACAUCGAGGAGGAACUUCCUGCUCCUAUCAUGGGCCCUCCACAACGUCGGAUUGUGGUAGACGAGCAUGGAAACCAGUACUACGAGACAGUGCAUGCGCCACCGAGACUCCAACCGGUGUCUCGUCCUGCCACUCAAAUCACGAAGCCUGAAGUUUACGACGAUCGCGUUCCCACCCGUGCCGCAAGUGUACGGGCCGCUUCAAUUGUGGAAGACGCAUACGGUGAAAGAAGAUACGUUCAGGAAAUGCCACCACCGCCUCCGCAAGUGACCUAUCGCCGUGCCGCCGACUAUACACAGCCUGCUCUAGGUGAACGACGUGGUUAUGCUCCAGCAAUCGAUGGACGAGAAGCGUUUCCUCGCAGUGCUAGUGUCCAAGUGGCAGAUUACCCUCGACGCACUGCGUACGUGGAAGAGCCCGAGGUCCCACGGGAAAGACUGGUACGGAUGUCCAGUGUGCGGCCCGUUCACACCAGGUACGACGAACCGCGGGAAGUUGGCGUCUACGUGGAUGAUGAUGCUCGACGACCGCGCGACUACGUUGAACGACCGGUAUAUGUUUCCACAACCCGGCCUAUGAGGGAGGAACGAUACUACGAGGACGGCAACCCCGAUCGUAUGGUUAUUGACGGGGGCAGACCUGACGUAGCACAAGCUCAGAGAGUUCCCCCACGCUACUGA